UUGUUAAGUUUAAUAAGCUGUUCGACAUUGACUGUGUAACAUCAGCUGCUUUACUGUUAGAUAACAGGUGCUUUGGUGGCAGGUGGCUUCCAUUAACUUCGAAAAUUUUAAUUAUCGUUAUAUUAAGAUACAGUGAAAUUCUUAUAGAACACUUGAUAAAUUUACUUGUAGUUUUUGUUUUAUUUUAGACUUUUCCUUUGAUCUCAUCUAUGAAUAUGCUUGUAAGAUUUUUGCCAUAAUAGACUUAGAAAAAUAUGAAAAAAAAAACAAAUAGUGUGUAAGCUAAUUAUUCACAUUAUUGAAAUUUGAAAAUAAAAUUUAGAUGCAUUAUUAUUAAUAAAUUAUCUUACAAAAUAUUAAAAAAAAUGUUGAUUUAUCUUAAAAAUUUAAAAAGAAUAAUAGACGUUUUACUAGCAAAUCAUAUUAAAAAUCUUUUUUUAUAAUCUAAUGUAAUAUUUAAUUCAUAUUAUAAAAUGAUGUCAUUUCUUGGAAAUUUUUUCAACGAUACAUCCUUAUUCACAGUACAUGGAGUUGAUAUGGACUUAUGGCUCUGGAUGACAUGGCUUUUAUGGCCAUUGAUUGUUACAUUUCUCUUGCCUCUUACCAUAGUAUUAUUAUUCUAUAUAACUGGAGUUAUUUUAUAUAUAUAUAAAUUGCACAGGGAAAGACUUAUUAAUGCCUAUGAAAAUAACUUUUGGGAUGGUGCAUUGCAUACUGUAUCUGCAUUUUGGGAUGCUCAUGGAUGGAUUUGGCAUGGAUAUGAAGUUAACGGCUUAGAAAAUGUACCAAUUGACAGUCCUGCAUUGUUAGUUUACUAUCAUGGUGCUAUACCUAUCGAUUUGUAUUACUUAAUUGCAAGGAUAUAUUUAAUGAAGGCAAAAUUAGUUCACACUGUAGCUGAUCACUUUUUAUUUAAAUUGCCUGGAUGGUCAAUUAUAUCAGAGCCUUUAAAAGUUAUUCCUGGUACAAUUCAAACUUGCUCUCAAGUUUUAAAAGAAAAUAAUCUUCUAGCAAUUUCACCAGGUGGUGUUUAUGAAGCUCAAUUUGGAGAUAGAUAUUAUAGACUAAUGUGGAAAAAACGUAUAGGAUUUGCUAAAGUUGCUAUAGACGCCAAAGUUCCUAUUAUACCUGUUUUUACUCAAAAUCUUCGAGAAGCUUUUCGUUCUAUAGGUAUUGGACGUAGAUUCUGGUUACGAUUAUACUUAUGGACGAGACUACCAAUUGUACCUAUUUAUGGAUGGUUUCCUGUAAAACUGCGAACUCAUAUAGGAAAACCUAUUCCAUAUGAUCCACAUUUAUCAGCAGAAGAAUUACAAAAAAAAGUAGCCAUUGCUAUAGAAGAACUAAUAAAACAACAUCAACGAGUUCCUGGAAAUAUAUUAAGAGGUUUAUUAGAACGUUUUUAUACUCCAUCAAAUUAUUCAAAAAAAAAAAUUUGACAUAACUUUUUACUUUAUGACAAUGUUCAAACAUUAUAAAAAGUAUUAAUACAUUGAGACUUAUUUCUUUAUUA